AUGAAGUUCACCAUCGCUCUCGCUGCUCUCGUCGCCGUCGCUGCGGCCCAGGACACCAGCGGCCUGCCCAAGUGCGCUCAAGCCUGCGCCGCCCAGGGAUUCCCCAAGGAGUGCGGCCUCGAGGUCAAGUGCAUCUGCACAUCCCAGCAGUUCCUCUCUGCCAUCACCUGCUGCAUCGCCAGCACCUGCAACUCCGACGAGCAGAAGCAAACCAUCAAGUUCGCCCAGGGCAUCUGUGGCGCCGUUGGAGUCAACGUCCCUGACUCUGCCGUCUGCCCUACCGGCGGUUCGUCCUCUGGCUCGUCCAGCUCAGCGACUCCAACCUCCGGCUCGUCCCAGUCCGGUUCCGUCACCGGCACCGCCAUCACCGGCUCUUCCACCCCUACUGGCACCGGCAGCCCGUCCGGCUCUGCUACUCACUCUGGCUCUGCCACUCACUCUGCCACUCACUCUGGCUCUGGCUCUCCUACCGGCUCGACCACGCCUCCCACCCAGACCGGAAACGCCGCCGUCUCCGUCAACGCCAACGGUGGUCUCCUGGCUGCCAUUGCCGCUCUCGUCGUCGCCUUUGCGUAG